ACCUUUUAAAUCAUUUAAAAGGAUUUGUAUAAUAUUUUCGAAUGGACAUAAAGUAAACAGAAUAAUAAUAGAAAAUUGAAAAAAAAAAUUGAAAUGGCUGUGAUUUCGAGAAUUUUUUCUCGUAAAGGUUACGGUGGAUUACAACCAGCAAAAAUAUUACACAAUGCAGUUAGAGGAAAUACCUCGACAGUGGUUUCAAACCCAGUGAAAGAAACACACAGCAAUAAAGAACAAAAUACUGAACAAAAAAAAGCAAUUCCAAGUAGAUACCGAUUUAUUUAUCCGGAAUUUUUACCAGAUCCAGAUGUGAGAUAUCGCAAUGCACUCAGGGAGAAGUUGGAGCGGAUGGAUAUGAUGGCAAGACGAACGCAUAUAGUAAUACCUGAAUUUUAUGUCGGUCCCAUCUUAGCUGUUACUUACUCCGAGCCACAUGCCACUGGCAAGGUCAGUAGAUUUGUUGGCAUUUGUAUUGAGAGGAAAGGAUGUGGAUUGAGAUCUACAUUUCAAUUGAGAAAUAUAGUUGAUAACCAAGGUGUUGAAGUACUUUAUGAGUUAUACGAUCCUGCAAUACAAAAAAUAGAAUGUCUCAGGCUUGAGAAAAGAUUGGAUUCACAUCUGCGAUAUCUGCGCGAUGCACCACCAGAAUACAGUACCUUUCCCUUUGACAUGGAAUCUGAACUUUUGCCAGAAGGAGCAUCGGUUCCUGUAAAUGAGAUCAAAGUAAAGCUUAAUCCAUAUCCAUGGAUAGAAAGAUGGGAACGUCAAGGAUUGAAAGGUGUAGCAGAGUUGAUACUUAAUGAGAGACGCAUCAGAAAAGCCAAGGAUACUGAAAAACCUUGGGAGAAAUAUGAUCUAAUGAAAAAAUACAGGGAAACGAUUCCUGAAGAAGAACAGAAUGAAAUAUUCGACGAAGUGUAUACAAAAUUACACGAACUGGAGAUUGCUAGACGCAGAGAAAAGCAUAAACGUACUUUCGUACGUCCAACGAAAACUGCGUAGCUUACAAUUAUGUACAGCAUUUCUUAAUUCAUGUAAAGAAACAGAAUGCAAUAGAUAAAUAUAUAAUCGUUUUUUGUUA